CAUCACACAGUCCUGUAAUAGGUAGCCCUGCAGAUUUCUAGUAAUAGUCUUGGCUCAAAUAAAUGAGUGCUAGGCAUCAUGACUUCUGCUGAAGUCUAGUUGGGAUGAGAUAGAAAUGGCACAUUGUAAUUCAGCUGGCUAAUCAUUGGGCUGAUCUUCCUGUUGAAAUUUGUAAAGCUAUUUUUUGACACGGGUAGGGCAAGUUAAAUGUUACUUUUCAAUCUGCUGAGAUGUCUUUAUGAAGACUUGCUUGCUUUUAAAUUUGUACAAAUGAUCGUUAAGCACCUUCAGCUGACAGGGCAUUUAUGAGGGAAGCAUGCCUUGGUCCUAUGUUUCAGUGGCCUUUGUGCUUGGUGGCUGUUAAUGACUACUUUUAGGAAAAGUGGGAGAAGCUAUCAGCAUAAUAGCAAACAUGUUGAAUUCCUGGUUGGAUUGCAGCUGCAAUGGAUUGUUUUAAUUGUGAUCAUUUAGCAAUUAAAAGCUUAUUGAAGGCAUGCCUUUAUUCCUUCGGAUGUUGUGCAAGUGUUCUAAGGCACUGUAAGGAUGAGUUGGAUACAGUGAUUUAAGUUAAAGCAAGAAUAAACAUUGCCACUGAUCUUAAUGUUUCAUUAUAGAAAUGAUUAUAUUCUGUGUUGUGGAGAGAGUUAGAGAAGUUUUUCCAUAAUGACUGUCAGUUCAAAAGUUGGUUUUUUUUUUGUUGUUUUCUAUUAUUUGAGUACAUUUUGAGGUGGCCGGUUGUGUGUGUGCUUACAUGUGCUUUUGGGCUACAAAUCAGCCAGCUCUGGUGCUGCCACCAAAGGCAAGGUUGCUUUUUUUUUUUGUGGGGACUGCAGUGUUUGUGCAGCUGCACAGGGAAGCAGAUAGGAGAAGUGGUUUGUCUUGAAAAUAACCUUUUCUUUUUCUGAGCUGUUUUUCAGCAGAAUCUAAUUGUACAGCUGCACAGUGAACAGAUCAGCAAACAAAUCUACUGGUACACAAAAAUGGUUGUAUGGGAAUGAAUGGAUGAAGCAGCAGGGCAGGACUGCCAUAGGAGCAACAGCAUCUUAAAAUAAUUUGUUAAACUUCAGCUUUAGUUCUGAUAAAAACAUGUGCUUAUUUUCACGGAAAAAUGAAAUAAUAUAGUGCAAACAUACCUGGCUAUUGUUUUCAGGUAUUGUAUUCUUACAAGCCCAGGCAUUACAGAAUGUAACUAAAAAAUGGAAUGUUGACAGAUGAUCAUGCCAGCUCCACUCUAAAUGCUGUGUGUUAAUAAUGCCUUAUAAACCAUAUAAAGUUCAUAUACAAAACACAGAAAAGUUGCAUAUAAGCAGAUCGGUUACUUAGAGUACAUGAUCUGUUUUGAUGGCUUUUACAUUAUUUUGAGCUAUAAGAAGGAUCCCGUUUUCAGCAGUUCACUACAAGUAAUUGUCCCUUUGAGAAGGCAGCCCAGUCAUUUUCUCUAAAUAAAACAAAUGCCCCUUUCUGUACAACUGAGCUACUAGAUUACAAUUGCAUUAAUUUGGGAUUAUUUUCUAGUGUGCUUGGGCUUCGGUAUUUCAAAUACUUGAGAUUUCCAGUUUUGAGAAUGUGUUCACAAUGUGUUCAGUUAUGCAUAAAUGCUUUCCAUGCUAUAUGUCUUAUCUGGUAUUAACUUAGCAAAUGUGGCUUGGAUCAAUUAGUUGAUGGUCUGUUCCUGCAGAAUGCCCCUCCUACUGAGCUGUCGGUUCUCAACUGAAUGAGUUUCGCCUUAAAUCCACAAUCCUGUUUAGUGAAUUUGGGGAGGGAAAUAAAUACAGGAGGUGUGAGAACUCAAGUUAGAGGCUGUGAACUGUAACUUAGUAUGUCUGUAGAGUGUUGCACGUUUGUAUAUGCAGGAGCUCACAUUGGCAAAAGACGGUUAAAACCAAAUGAGAUUAGUAUUCAAAUACUUUAGUUGAUUUCUUUAGUGUUGUUAGCAGGAAUGUUUUGAUUUCUCUUAAUCCCUUACCUUGAAAAUGAGUAUUGGAUUAGUAGGAAAUGACGCUCUGGCGUUUGCUUAAAACUGGAAAUUUAGUAAAUGAAGAGUAGAUUGAGUUGCUAGAUCCAAGAGUUUCUGGACAGAGGAAUAGCGUGGAAUAUUGGAGGAGUAGGGGGGCUACAGAUAACAUUCUUGCAUGUGAAUUUAAGUAAAUGUCUGCGAUGUGAGAGAGAAUUUAAAAUUCUAGGAAGAGCAAGAAGUGCCUUUAUGUGCCAGUACUUUUAAUUCAAGAAGUGCGCAUCUCACAUAUACAGAAAGAAAAGACAUUUUUCAUAUUCCUCUUACUCUGAGAAGUUGUUACUAGAACCUAAUGGCAGAAGUGCUUCAACUAUCAGUACUGAACAAAGAGAACAUCUUAGUUUGGUAAGAAUAUUGCUUCGUCUGUAUGUCUGUUUGUCCUUCUCUGUCCUGUCUUGUUUUAGCUGACUUUGUGUGUUUGGUCUAUGUGCUGUUUGCAGCUUCUGGAGGUUGAUCAAGUCCUGGUAAGGUUCUUCGGUCAUUAAGGCAUUCAGGCAGAGUACUCUGAGAGGAGUCUGAGCUGUCUUUCAAAUCAUUUUUGAUUCUUUUUCAGACAGUUUCAAUAAAUUGAUCCUCUGCAGAUAGAAUAAAAAGGCAGAACACUGUUGUGAGAAAGCACGGAGAGAAAAUUAGAAGGGAGAAAUUUAAAUGAAUACUUGCAAGGGCAGAAAUCCAAUGCAUUUAUUUCAAAUGUUUCUGUUAAUUGAAAUUGUUGGGAAGGAACAAGAUGAAAGAGAGGGGGAAGAAGUUGAGUGCCUUGACUAGUCGGUGUUUGCGUAGUAAGAAAAAUGCUGUAAUAUAUGGGUUGUGAGCACUUCAGUGAUAGAACCAGUUGUCAGCUUGGUGACAGCGUUAUUGGAAUCCAAGGGUGCUGCUUGAAGUCAGACCUAGCUGUCAGACUAGUUUUCUACUUCGAGUGAAGCAGUUGAUGAUAAACAGAAACGUCCCCCCAAAUAAUGUUCCUAUUCUGGGCUUUAAUGUACUUUCUUUCUACAUACCUUUCAUGCUAGAGGUAUGAAAUGGAAGAGUGGUUGAAAUGGUAGGGACUGUUAAAGCAUUUCAGGAAUUCAAGUGAAGAGAAGUGAGAAAGGCUCUAGUAAUACCCACUUAGAUUAGAUGUGCAUUUAUUUCAAUUGAGGAAAUGCCAGAAGGAAUGGUGUGGCUUAAGAUGGUGUGAGUUUUCCGUAAGAAACAAGUAAAUGAUGCUGAUGUUGUGCUGAGAUUCUUUGGCCUCUAGACUCUGAUGUAAAAGCCUUGUUUGUAGGUACGCAGUCGGAACUGCAUUGGGUCGGAAUGAUUUGCUUGCACUGAAUGAGGGGGUACCGGGCUCUGUUUGGCAGUCCUGUUUGUGUUUCCUUAAAUGUCAGUGGGCACAGCAGGGCCGUUUAUCUUGGCUGUUGUACAUGUACAUGGUUAUUCUAACUAUGCAGCAUGAUUUCAGGUACAUUUGUCCCAAUGCCUGAACGCAUCCCAAAAGACAAGCCUUGUUCUUGUUGGCAGCAGGUGCCAUUAGGUCCUGCUCCAGCCUGCAGGUUUUGGCUGCUGUAGUUUCUGACGUAGGCCACAGCUCUGGGUUGUUGGCUUGUGUUUCUGUCCCUGCUGGGUGCCUAGCCAUCCCUGUGCUGUUGAGGAAAGGAGGAUGGGCAGCAAGAAUCACGAGUGCAUAAAGUAAGGCCAAGGCUGGCAGUUAAAAUAGCUGGAAUGUUUUCCCUGUUGGUAACCUCGUCCUCAGGCUGCCUUUCUAUGGUCUCUUGAAAGAAUUCAAGGCUCUUUAUGUGCUACUGCUGAGAUGAGACAUGCACUAUUCUGUGUCAUGGAAGUGUAUCAGAUUUGGACUUGUGCUUUUUGGUGCUAUAUAUGUACGAAUACUGAUGGAUGUAGUGCUGGGUGGGAGUUGCUUAUAAACUGCCUAGCAACUAAUGAUGCUUAUGUAAAAAUGAAACAAAUAAUCUUCUCUUAUCAGUUCUUAUAUUAGAGACUUUUUAGGAUACAGCUGUUUGUUUUGUAAGCAUUUUCUGUAAUGUAAGAAUUGAAAUAGAUAAAGAUCAUCUUAGACUUAAAAAUAUUGUGCCAAGGUUGUUAUUAGUUUUAUUGAAAAUAGACAUAAAUUGAUUGUGAAAUAAGUGAUAUGGUCAUCUCUUGAGUUUGAGCAGUGAAUCAUGAUCAUAGGUAACUAACUUUUCUCCGUUGGGACAUGGAGAAAAGGUACCAUUCAAAGCUAAAUACCACAAUUAGACAUGCAUGACUGAAAUUUAAAAGUGAUGUGUUACUAGUAUUGUACGAGACAGUCACAUGAAAAAGAUCAUGAGGUUGUGAAAAGGAUUAUGGUCAUGCUUAUCAUGCUUUAGUCAUGAAUUUCCUCAUGGGGAUAUUCUAGUCUGAAUUGCACUUGUUUAAACGGCAGUAGUUUUGCUUUGCCUGUUCUGGUUAUACUACUGUUACGUGGCGAAGGGGAAGACAAGUUAUCUUACCUUCAAACAUGGUAUGCUUUCACGAACUGAAUUUGCUUUCAGCGAAGACGGUGGUUUUGGUACCAAGAAACUGAAGUUCAAGAAAGAGUAAACAAUUUCCUGAAGAAUUACAGUAUGCUGCAUGCGCUUGCCUACUCCUGCACCAUGCAGACAAGCAUGUAUACAUGUCUUUCUCUCAGGGCUUUCAUCUGUCUUGAGUACAUCUUAACUGCUUACUCUAGCCCUUUACAUUGAGUAGCAUUCCACAUUGUAAAUCCUCAUUCAAGUCAACAUUCUUAUAGAAAUGCGGAGCUCUGCUGAUCUGUAAUCAGCCACGUGCCUGAUCCAGUGCCUUUAUGUACUGCUAAGUAUUCUGCUUACAAGGAUGACACAAAUCAUAGAGUCCAGACUUCGAGCCUGUGUGGUAAAGAGCACAGGUCUUUACCUGAAGGCUUUGUAAUGAGUUUACAGAUAGUUAUAUGGUCUGAGGGUUGGCUCAGUCCAGUGAUUUCUCAGAUAGAGGUUUGUAAUCUGUUUCUUUCCGCUCCAUCAGCAAUAACUUCUGUGCUUAAUGGUUUCUUCAAAGGAGAGUGGAAGGGCUUCUGGAAGGCAUUUUGGGAUGCUUUUAAUGUUUCUUGUUUAAUCCCAUUGUUAAAUAGCCUCUGUGAGUGAAAGAAAAGACUGCAUGGAAGUCUUGUGAAUAAAUUUUGGGGGUGAACCUAUCCUACUUGAGUUCCUGAAAAUGUUUGUCGGAACCCUGAACUCAGAAUGCAGUGAUUACCAACUCCUAAUAGAAGAGCUGGUUAUGAAGGUGUAAUUUAAAUCAUUACCCAUGCAUCUUUUUGAUCUUUUUUGAUACCGAUGGCUCCAGUUGACAGAUACCCUUCUGGUCUUACAUCUCUUACUAGGUCAAAAGAAGAUUUAGCUCUCUUUUUUUUCUUUUAGAGCAUUUGAGGUUCCAGAAGGUCAAUUUUUGUCUUCUGUAUUUACAGAAGUUUAUGGAAGAAAAACUUUUCUCCAUUUUAACAUUUUAACUCAUUUAUUUGCUAUGUAAAGGUACAAAACAGAAGCCGUUUCCUAUUUUCAGUUCUUUUCUCUCUCAACCUGUUGCAGGUAUAGAUUCUUGUAUGAUGUGUGUGCCUGUACAGUAAUGUGAUCCCGAGUGCUUAAAUGCAAAGCAUCAAGCUAAUAUUUUAGGAAAUUAAAACAGAUAGGAAAUGGUGGUGAUUUGUUGUAAAGCAGUUUACUGAGUUUCAAUUUCAGCGACCACAGCAUCAGGGCUAGAGAAGAACAAGUACAUAGGCCAUUUGUUGUAUUAAACUCGAUCUCAUUUUAGGAGAGAUUGAUCAGCUCUAGUUGAGGUGCGCACAGAGCAAAAAUAGCUUUUGGUGUAAAACAGGUUCCAAGUAUACUUAAUCUAUUUGCCUAAUACUUUGCAAGGGUGUCUUGACAGUAUACGAAUGUAUAAAAAUCAGGCUGGAUGGAUUCCUGUGCUUAUCCUUUGUCAGCUCUCAUUUCUUCCUCAGACAUCUUGAAUAUAUUUAAGUAGUUGUUUGUAAAAACCCUACUUCUGUAGUUCACCUAUUUAUUUUUAAUUCUUAGUCAGCAAAAUGUUUAAAUAAUUUAGGAAGCUCUGUGCUUUUUUUCUUAUUUUCGUAUGUUUCUUUCUUGAUGGGACGGCAUCACAGAAUUGUAGGAGUCAGAAGGGACCUCUGGAGAUCGUCCAGGCCAGCCUCGUACAGCAGCUCAUGCAAGAAAGCAUGCGGGCAGGUUUUGAUGAUCUCCAGAGAAGAAGACUCCACUACCUCUUCAGCAGCCCGCUUGAACACUCUGUCACCCUCACAUUAAAGGAAACAGAGAUGAAGGUACACAUGCACACAAAAUUUUGCAUCGUUUGUUUGCUGACAUUUAUCUUUCAUCAGUGCAAUCAUUGCCAUAAAGAUGGACGUGAUCAUGGUCCUGAAGAGGGACAUGAAGACCACCAUAACUGCUAUCAGAUCUCAGAGACGCCCUACCACCAGACCGCAGGAUCGGAAUCUAUGCCGAGUAAAUUUUCAAUGUCGGAAGCUGAAAAUGAACAGAAAUACUACAUUGAAAAAAUUUUUGAUCGUUACGGUGAAAAUGGAAGAUUAUCCUUUUUUGGCCUGGAAAAACUGCUAACGAGCCUUGGUUUAGGAGAAGUAAAAGUAGUAGUGAUAAAUCAUGAUGAUAUUGGCCACGAUCAUGUUUCUCACCUAUAUGCUUUAGAAGUACAAGAAGGAAAGCAUUUGCACACUCAUAACCAUCGUCAUAGCCACUCCGAUUCAGAAAACCAAACUGUGGUUGGUAUUGCUGACAAGAAAAAUCAUAAAUUUAACUCUGAGAGAGAUGCGGUAGUGUCAUCUAUAAAAGGUGAUGGUAAACGUAUUCACGACCAGAGUCACCAUCACCAUCAUCACCACCCUCAUCCGCAUCAUCAUCUUGACCAUAAUGGUACACAUCAUUCUCGUAAUGAUUCAGUUAUUCACAAUGAACACGGAGAGCAGAAUCACGGGCCUUCCACAGAAACAAACACGACCCAGGAUCAACGUGAAAGAAAACAGCGGAAACAGAAGAAGAAACGAAAGAAAAUCAGUGAGGCUUCAGGAGAUAAUAGUCAAGACUGUCCUCCAAAUCAUCACCUAGGUGAUCAGUGCGAGCACAAUCGUGUUCAUAAACAUGAUCAUGUACACGAUGCAUCUCACUUUCAUGUGCAUCAUCGUGAACACAGUGGCGAUCGUUCCGCUAAUCACGGACAUCAGGAUUCCAGUAUAGGAGGUGAGGACGGGCAUCACCAUACCAGCAAGCGAGAGGCACCUUGUAAGCACACAGGUGUAAGAAAACACACUAUUUCAGCACGUAGUCGUAAGGAUCGUAAUGAAGACGAACGAGAUUGUGAAGAGUGCUUAAAUGUUACUCAGCUGCUACGACGCCACGGUCUGGAAACCAGCUCUCAAAUAUCUCCUGAAUUUUUUAUAUUUAUGUGUCCUGCUCUGCUAUACCAGAUUGACAGAAGGCUUUGUAUUGUGCAUUACGAUGAGCUUGAAGACUUUGUGAAAAGUAAAACUGCUUCAAUUGAGAAUGAAGAUAAAACAGGCGCUUCAGCCUGGGUUUGUGGUAUCAUCUCUAUCACCGUCAUUAGCCUGCUUUCCUUGCUAGGUGUGAUCUUGAUUCCCAUCAUUAACCAAUGGUGCUUCAAAUUUCUUCUAACUUUCUUGGUAGCUCUGGCUGUAGGAACCAUGAGCGGAGAUGCUCUACUCCAUCUGUUGCCACACUCACAUGGAGGCCACAACCACAGUCAGCACCACAGCCAAGGUCACAUUCACGAGCACAAGCAUUCUCAUCGACAUGCCCAUGGACAUGGAAUAGAGAAGGAAGGCUUUCUAGAAGAAAAUGAUCCAGUAUUGAAAGGUCUUGUAGCACUCGGAGGCAUUUAUGUUUUGUUCAUCAUUGAACACUGUAUAAGAAUGUACAAGCAUUACAACAAACAAAAGAGUAAGCAGAAAUGGUGCAAGAAUAAACAGAGCGAAGAAUCGCCAAUUGGAAGGAAACUUUCGGAUCAGAAAUUAAACAAUAGACCAGAUGCUGACUGGCUUCAGCUGAAACCCCUUGCAGGAGCAGAUGACUCAGUUCUAUCGGAAGACAGACUAAAUGAAACCGAACUGACAGACUUGGAUGGCCAGCUGGAAUCCCCUCCCAAAAACUUCUUGUCUGUAGAAGAAGAGAACAAUGUGCAUCAUUCUCACAAUGAUGUCUUACGUGCUGCUCAAGAACACGAUCUGCACGAUUUAGAGUACGAUAACCAUGGCGAAGAUAAGAUGAUAUCUAGAAAACACAGCCACCACUGGCAUCACAAACACUCCCAUCAUUCCCAUGGCCACUGUCAUUCUGGAAAAGACCUGAAAGAUACAGGGAUAGCUAAUAUUGCUUGGAUGGUUAUCAUGGGAGAUGGCAUUCACAACUUCAGCGAUGGCUUAGCAAUAGGAGCAGCUUUUAGUGCUGGUCUGACAGGAGGGAUUAGUACCUCUAUAGCAGUAUUUUGUCACGAGCUGCCCCAUGAAUUAGGUGAUUUUGCUGUGCUGCUUAAAGCUGGUAUGACAGUCAAGCAAGCUAUUGUGUACAACCUGCUGUCUGCCAUGAUGGCUUAUGUAGGCAUGCUGAUCGGCACAGCGGUGGGACAGUAUGCGAAUAACAUCACCUUGUGGAUCUUUGCAGUCACUGCAGGCAUGUUCCUCUAUGUGGCGUUGGUUGAUAUGCUUCCAGAAAUGCUUCAUGGAGAUGGAGAUAACGAAGAGCACGGUUAUUGUCCAGUGGGGCAGUUCAUUCUGCAGAACCUAGGUCUGCUUCUUGGAUUUGCCAUCAUGCUGGUGAUUGCCCUCUAUGAAGAUAAAAUUGUGCUUAACAUCCAGUUUUGACUGUAUUCUGGGUUUUGCUGUGGAUACAAUGUUAUUACUGUACUGGCUUUGAGUCUGCACUGUUUCACUGUAUGCACAUUGCUUAAAGGAAAAGCAGCGGCUUGCACUACUUACGCGAGUACAUCCUAUUCAUUUCUGAGUGUAUUAUCUGAUGCAUUUUUCCGAUUCAAAUCGGAUGACAUAGCUCAAAUGCAUCUUCUGAACUCCGUUAAGUGGCAAUAGAGAGAUAGUAAAUUCAAGAAAUAAAUGCCAAGUUCAGCGUGCUGCUUGCUUACAUAAAAAAAAAAGACAGUGAAGGAUGUGCACACUUGGGAAAAAAGCAUUUCAUACUUCGAUUAUCAGACAGAAAAUUUUACAGCUAAAAAUCAUACCUAUGCAAGGAACCUGAGUACACUUUUAGAAACGCACAAGUCUUAAGCAGCAGGCAUACAUAUGUGUAUAUAUAUAGUUAUCUUCUGUCUGUGUGUAUGUACGCAUAUGCAUGCGUACUGCUGGUUCCUCUGCAUAGUGGUGACUUGAAGUAUUAAAUCUUAACAACAAUAGAUGAGUGGAAACCACUGUGCUGUCUUAAAUUUCAAGAAAAAAAGAAACCCAAAACCGUAAGCUGCACUCACUCAUUUUAACUUCAUGUUUAAGAAGGUAGGCCGUUGCAAUAUACGCCGCAAAGUGCUACGAUGUCCUGUCGAGGAUCACUUUGACCAUGUUUUCCUGACUAAGAUUUAUUUGAUGUUUGUUCUUAGAUAUAAGUAGGAAAAUGCAAACUGCAGUAGAAUUAGUGCUAGCCUGGGGAAAUCCCCGACGUUGGAGUUACUGAGCUAUUCCUGGUUCUUUUCUACAGAUGCUAAACAUGUAUCGUGUGCCACUUGCAGCAUAAACUACUGAAGAAUUGUGGCUGUGAAUGUGUGCAAACUCUUAAUUUCAUGGAGAAUCAGUAUGAGAUUUUUUCCUUUAACAGUUAUUUUGGUAUGUUUUCUCCUAUGUUAAAGUACAACAAAGAUGCUAGUUACUGAACGUGGGCACAAAGGUUAAAAUAUGCUACGUGCAUGUACGGUUACUUAAUGUACUCUGUUUAUAUAGUGCCUCAAUAUCAGUUGUUGCGGCACCAACCAUUUCUGUGGUUGAGGCUAAGAAGAUAGCUACUUCCAGCGUAAAUGAGUUCGUUUGUAUGAUUUUUUUAAAAGGAUUUUGGUAGUUGAUUGUUUAAAAGCAAAUGCGAUAGAUUGGUCGUAUGUCUAAUUUGGAAGGAUAGACUGAAGAUUUUCGGCCGUAAUAUGCUGGGAGCACGUCUUGGAUCAGAUUUUGCUGAGAUGGUUGUUCUGCCAGAAAGGAGCAAGUUCUUCUUGUACCCGUUAUCUCAUUAAGAAAAAAUAGGUCGAGUUCUUGAGCACGAGUUGAUUCUGUAGGUCCCCUUGCAAUCAUGGAAGUAGCCUUCUCCAAAAUUUCCAGUUUGCUGUCUCCUUUGUGUAGGCCAGGUAAGCCAUUGCUCGACUACAUGCUGUAAGAUUUGUUUCAGUCUGCUCGCUGCCAGUGUAGCUGCUGAAACUGUACAGAUGCUAACAGCUAAAAAGAGCACCAGCUGGUAUCUUCAUUCCAUUUCAAGUUUGUGCGUUUCUCGUGGCCUGUUAAUUUCCGAAGCUUCAUCAGUUAGUCAGUUUUUAACAAAGCAGCUGUGUAUUUUCAAGGUAUUGGUUGGUUCUUGCCAGUAUUUCUUCCUAAUGCAGUAUCGAGGAACAGUAUUAAGGGUCCGUUAGAAAGAAUAGUGUAGUUUCUUUGGUGAAGAAGCCGAAACCCAGAUUUGAGACGUGCAGCCAUUUGAUGCUAAGAACUUGACGGUUCAUUAGUUUGCCUCUUGAAAAACAUUUACUAUUGGACCCUAAUUAGCAAGUGUACUGUUAAAAGCUUCGGUUUGCUGAAUGGUGCAGUGCAAGGAUUGUAGGUGACACUUCUUCUACUCGGUGCUCACCGUACAUUCCUGAGUACCGUUUUCCAAGUGACUUAAGUCGUGGGAUAAUUACUGAGGAUCUUAGUUGCGUUAACUUAUGUUGCCUAUGUAUUGAACUGACCCGUAACGUUAAUUUGUUAGCUCUGUCAAGUAUAAGGGGGCCAUGUGGUCUAACCGAUGUUUUUGUUAAUUUUUUAAGUAAGUUGAUUUCUUUUAAAUUGUUGCAAAUGAAAAAUUGUUUAUUUCAGGUAGUAUAUUUACUUCUGUAUUAGUUAGAGUAUGGUUUUAACUUAAUACACUGCCUGCAUCGGAAAAUAUUAAACUUGUUUUCGAGACCGUCUUCAGACAAGGGAAAAUCAGGUCUUUGAAGGCAGGUACUGGAUUGUUUCCAUUAAAUAUGUAUGUUGUUUGUCUUGAAUUUUGUAAUAUUUAUUACAAGUUAUCAAGGGCAGUGUAACACUCGUGACUUCCUCUGUAGGUUUUCCACCAGUACUGAAAUUGAAAUUGUUCUAAUGUGUGCUUUUAAGUCACGUUACAGAUGAUCUGAAUUCCACUACAUUUCCGCUUGGUUUGUACAUUCCAUUCUGCUGAAUCCAGAAUCUCAUCUAACUUGUAUUUGUUGGAGGACAUGUUAUUUGUAUAUUAAAAUGCUGUCACUGUGUGACAUCCCAUAUGAAUUUUGAUGUAGAUCACAUUGCACUCGAUCUGCUGUGAUUACGCUUAGAAAUACUGUUGUUGCUAGAUGCAGUGUGAUUUUUUUUUAAUAAAAAAACCCCCUCCUGUUAA